AUGCCGAACACGUACCAGAUCACCGUUGAAGGAGUUGGCACUGUCUCGAACUUCUUGAACAAAGUCAAGGUGGAGACGAAUCACACCAAAGACCACAACAGCCGCAACAAGGAGAACAAGGGAACCAAACGCAAGGUGCACACCAUCAUCACAUUUUUGAACUAUAGAAAAAACAGUACAAACGUCACGUUUUGGAAGGUCGUCAAUAGGAAAAUUACCUACCCGACCGUUCGAGCGCACUUCUGGCAGGACUCUGGUAUCAAGCUUGAUUUUCCGCAAGCACCGUUAGUCGACUAUGGCAAUGCCGAUGGGCCAAUCUGGCUACCCGCUGAACUGGCCAAAGUCAUUCCUGGAUAG